GCGGCGGGGCGGACGCGGCGGCUGGGGCCGGGCACUGUCGGCGGAGCGGGCGGCGCGGGUGGACGCACUCGGCGGCCCGGGCCGGGGAUCUGUCGGCGGCGCGCCCAGGAAAAAAGAACUCUGCAAUCAUGUCAGGAAAACCCAAGCUGCACUACACCAAGGGGAGGGGGAAGAUGGAGUCAAUCCGAUGGCUGUUAGCAGCAGCCGGGGUUGAGUUUGAGGAAGAAUUCAUAGAAACAAAGGAAGACCUAGAAAAACUACGCAACGAUGGAGUCCUGAUGUUCCAGCAAGUGCCCAUGGUUGAGAUUGAUGGGAUGAAGAUGGUGCAGACCAGAGCCAUCCUCAGCUACAUAGCAGGGAAAUACAACCUGUAUGGGAAGGACCUGAAGGAGAGAGCCUGGAUUGAUAUGUAUGUGGAGGGAACAACAGACCUAAUGGGAAUGAUUGGUUCCCACAUUUUCCAACCAGCUGAUGCUAAAGAAAAGCAUAUGGCCUUAAUCAUUGAACGAGCUACAACCAGAUACUUUCCUGUUUAUGAAAAGGCCCUGAAAGCCCAUGGCCAGGAUUACCUUGUUGGUAACAAAUUAAGCUGGGCAGACAUCCAUUUGCUGGAAGCUAUUUUAAUGGCAGAAGAAUGUAAGCCGGAUAUACUGUCUGCAUUCCCUCUGCUUCAGGCUUUCAAAGGAAGAACAAGCAACAUUCCAACAAUCAAAAAAUUCUUGCAGCCUGGCAGCCAGAGGAAGCCAAAAAUAGAUGAGAAGUUUGCUGCUCAUGUGAGGAAAAUAUUCAAUUUCUAAUCAUGUGGCUGUUACACAACUGUAGUUGUUACCAGAGCUGUGGCUUAGAAGCGUAAACUGCAUAGAUGUGUUCUGUAGGUUGCAUCAUGCAGCCAGUGACAUAACUGCUGAAACAGGAUAUGUGUUUAGCUUAGAGUAAAAGGCUAAUUUGGAUCUUAUUUCCUGGAAUAAGACCCAUUUGUUUCCAUGAAAUAAAAUAUGCUGAUAGUUUGUUUUGCUUAAUUACAGUACAUGUCAGCUGGGGUAGGACAUUUCAUUUGUAGCUUUCAGCAUACUGAGGAAGCCACCUCUCUUCCCCUUUAUAAACCACAGGAGAGAAGAGAUACUCCAUAAAAAUGAGGAAGUCAUUUAAAUUAGGCUUGUUUCGUUCUCUAGUCUCGUAGAUCAAAGCUCACUGUCCUCAUGCUGUACUUCACUGCUGUCUGUACUUUCAGAGCUGCAAUUAAAACAAAUAAAUACUCAGAAAUAAUAAAAAAAAAAA